UCCCAUUUUAGAAGGGGGUGCCUCAAGACUGUCCGUAAUUUUAAAGGGUGCCUCAAGACUGUCCGUAAUUUUAAAGGGUGCCUCAAGACUGUCCGUAAUUUUAAAGGGUGCCUCAAGACUGUCCGUAAUUUUAAAGGGUGCCUCAAGACUGUCCGUAAUUUUAAAGGGUGCCUCAAGACUGUCCGUAAUUUUAAAGGGUGCCUCAAGACUGUCCGUAAUUUUAAAGGGUGCCUCAAGACUGUCCGUAAUUUUAAAGGGUGCCUCAAGACUGUCCGUAAUUUUAAAGGGUGCCUCAAGACUGUCCGUAAUUUUAAAGGGUGCCUCAAGACUGUCCGUAAUUUUAAAGGGUGCCUCAAGACUGUCCGUAAUUUUAAAGGGUGCCUCAAGACUGUCCGUAAUUUUAAAGGGUGC